GGGUGAGCGGUCACGUGGGGUGCUACCCGGAGGCGGAACUACUAGGACUGGGACCCAAAGGCUUGCAGAUCGGGAGCUCCAGGGUACCUUAGUCAUGCGCUCCCCGCGUCCCACCUCCGCUACGCUGGCAUUUCUAGCUGUGUUCUUGGCUGCGCCCUUGGCUCUGGCUGAGACCCCGUACCUGGUGCGCGUGGACGCAGCCCGCCCGCUGAGGCCUCUGUUGCCCUUUUGGAGAAGCACCGGCUUCUGCCCCCCACUGCCUCACGACCAGGCUGACCAGUACGACCUUAGUUGGGACCAGCAACUGAACCUUGCCUACAUAGGUGCCGUACCUCACAGUGGUAUCGAGCAGGUCCGGAUACAUUGGCUGCUGGAUCUCAUCACAGCCAGGAAGUCAUCUGGGCAGGGGCUGAUAUACAACUUCACCCACUUGGAUGCAUUCCUGGACCUCCUCAUGGAGAACCAGCUCCUCCCUGGAUUUGAGCUGAUGGGCAGUCCUUCUGGGCAUUUCACAGACUUUGAGGACAAGCAGCAGGUGUUUGAAUGGAGGGACUUGGUUUCUCUCUUGGCCAGAAGAUAUAUCGGUAGGUAUGGGCUGACACAUGUUUCCAAGUGGAACUUCGAGACUUGGAAUGAGCCAGACCACCAUGACUUUGACAAUGUGUCCAUGACUGAACAAGGCUUCCUGAAUUACUAUGAUGCCUGCUCUGAGGGGCUGCGCAUUGCCAGCCCCAUGUUGAGACUGGGUGGCCCUGGGGAUUCAUUCCACCCCCUGCCAAGGUCACCACUGUGUUGGAGCCUUCUGCGGCACUGUGCCAAUGGAACCAACUUCUUCACUGGUGAGGUGGGCGUGCGUCUGGAUUAUAUCUCCCUGCACAAGAAGGGCGCAGGCAGCUCCAUCUCCAUCCUAGAGCAGGAGGUGUCAGUUGUGGAGCAGAUCCAGCAGCUCUUCCCUCAGUUCAAGGAUACCCCUAUUUACAACGACGAGGCAGACCCUCUGGUGGGCUGGUCACUGCCACAGCCUUGGAGAGCCGAUGUGAUUUAUGCAGCCCUGGUGGUGAAGGUCAUUGCACAGCACCAGAACCUGCUCUUUGCCAAUAGCAGCUCCUCCAUUCGCUAUGUGCUCCUGAGCAAUGACAACGCCUUCCUGAGCUACCACCCACACCCUUUCUCCCAGCGUACACUUACUGCCCGCUUCCAGGUCAACAAUACUUGCCCACCCCAUGUGCAGCUUCUGAGAAAACCAGUCCUCACAGUCAUGGGGCUGAUGGCCCUGCUGGAUGGAGAACAACUCUGGGCCGAAGUGUCACAGGCUGGGGCUGUGUUGGACAGCAAUCACACAGUGGGUGUCCUGGCCAGCACCCAUCGCCCUGAAGUCUCCUCAGAGGCCUGGCGUACCACAGUCCUGAUCUACAUUAGUGAUGACACCCAGGAACACCUCAACCGUAGUAUCCCUGUGACGCUUCACCUUCAUGGGGUACCCCCUGGCUUGGGGCUUGUCUACGUAGUACGCUACCUAGACAAUCAACUGUGCAGCCCCUACAGUGAGUGGCAGCACAUGGGCCAGCCAGUCUUCCCCUCUGCAGAGCAGUUCCGACAUAUGCGCACGGUGGAGGACCCAGUGAUUGAGGCACCCCGUCCCUUCCCAGCUGGGGGCAGCCUGACUCUACACAGGAAGCUUUCUUGGCCAUCACUUCUGCUGGUGCACGUGUGCACACGCCCCCUGAAGCCACCAGGGCAGGUUAGCCGGCUCCGCGCACUGCCCCUGACACGUGGGCAGUUGGUUCUGGUCUGGUCGGAUGAGCAUGUGGGCUCCAAGUGCCUGUGGACAUAUGAGAUCCAGUUCUCCCAGAAGGGUGAGAUGUAUACACCAAUCAGCAGGAGGCCAUCUACUUUUAACCUCUUUGUGUUCAGCCCAGACACAGCUGUGGUCUCUGGAUCCUAUCGAGUACGAGCAUUGGAUUACUGGGCCCGGCCAGGCCCCUUCUCAGACCCUGUGACUUUCGUGGAUAUCCCUGCCUCAUGAGAGCCACUGGCUCCUGGUGACUGGGAUGGUUCCAGUCCCUGCCUGCAACUCUCUUUGGCAGAUACCUUAUGGCUAAGUGUCUCCAACAUACUGGGGUUUUCAUUUCAACCCGGCUUCCCUGUCACAGCUUCAUGCACUGGCCUCUCACAGCCUCUUGCCUUCAUCCAUGGACUCCUCUUCCAAAUACUGCCUGACCUCAGUUGGAAAUAAAGCUGCUAUGAACAUCUGUGCAUAUAUCUUUUGUGGACCUUCAUUUCUGUUGAAUGUGGGUCUGGGAGUAUGAUGGCCAGAGCAUAUGUUAGAUUCAGGCUCAGUUAUUCAAGAACCUGUGAAACAUGUCCACAAUUAUAUACCGAGCUAGCACAUGUGACGGCAGUUUGCUGUACUUCUUGCUGUGAUGGAUCUUUAUAUUGUGAUCUUCUAUCUUGCCACCUUGCCAAAAAUGCACAAGUCAUAGUGGACACUGAAGUUGGCUUUGUCCCUUACAAAUAGGGUAUGUUCUGCUUCUUCCCUCCAAUCUGGAUCUCUCACUUGGCUUUUUGUUUUGUUUUGUUUUUAGAUAAGGCCUCACUAUGAAGCCCAAGUUAGCCUCAAGCUCAUAAUCGUCUUGCCUUAGAAAGAGAUCACAGGUGUGUAGCGGCACAGAUAUUUCCUGUGAUUAAUGCACUGAGUAAGGACCACAGUGAAUGACUAAACAGAAGUAAAGACUGAACAUAAGCAUCUAGUUCCUCAUUUUAGGGGAAAGUAGUAGUCUUUCACUUAUGUGUGAGGCUGACUAUCAAUUUUUUCUUUACAUUUUUAUUUACUUUGAUAGUUACCUUUUGACAAGCCAAGGAAAUUCCUCUCUGUCCCUAGUUUGCAAACAGUCCAUUCUGAGAGUCAGGAAGGGAUGCUGACCUGUUUUGUGUUUUUCUGUGUCCCUGUGGCCAUCACCUUGGCUUUCCUGAAGUGGUUGGUUUUUGGAGGCAGAGGCAGUUUUGUGGCUGUAGAGAAAGAAGCCUUUACUGAUCAUGACAUAAUGUCUUUCUUACAUUUGAGAGUGUGUGUAGAACCACAUCAUCAUCCAGAAUGGAACCAUCUGGGCCUAGGUUUUCGUUUUUUGUUUGUGGUAGGUGUGUGUGUGUGUGUGUGUGUGUGUGUGUGUGUGUGUGUGUGUGUGUGUAUUGUAUGCAUGUGUGAAGGUUUUAAUCAAAACUUCCAAUUAUUUAAUAGACACGGGGCUGUUAAAGUUACCUUUUUAAAAAAUUUUCUUGAGUUAGUUUUGGUGGUUCCUGUCUUCUAAGGUGGUUCCUGUCUGAGUUGUCAAAUCCACUGACGUAAAAUGAUUUUUACUCUCUAUUAUUUUUGUAAUUUCUCCUGCAGGGCUGUUUAUAUCUGUUAACUUUUGUCCUUCCUCUGUGUUUUCCUUUGUCAGUUUUCUUGUACUUGCCAAUGAAUCAAGUCUGACUUCCUCUUCU